ACCUCUGGAAUAAUCACACCAUCACAGAACUAAGCAAAAAGCCCUAACUUGUUCCUCUCUUUUUUUCUUCCUAGAUCAAAAUCAUGGAUAGAUUACCUUUUCACAUCCUUGAAGAGAUUCUCUUCCGACUGGAUCCCAAAUCUCUGGCAAUGAUGCAAUGCACGGAUCGGUCUAUCAACUCGCAUAUAACCGACGAUCCGCUUUUCAAAUCUGUAUAUAAGAAGGACCGUUCCGACGAGGGAAAGGUUCAAGGGUACGACUUGAAAGGUAACAAGUGGGGAGUCAUGGAUUGGAUUCCACGUUGGGGCGAUGGUAAACGAGACUUUUAUCAGUCCAAACCGGCUUUGACAUCUUCUUCGAUGGAACUAGAUGAGAAUGUGGACGUCAACAUGACGAUGGUUAAUCAUGAUGAUGAUAAACGUAUCUCCUCUUUAAGCAAAAUUAUGAGAGUGAUUAGUGGAAUCUCACCAUAUGCUCAGAGCCUCUUCAAGAAAAAGGGAAAGCUACUUGGAAAAAGAUUGAUGAUUGAAGAAGAAACGAAAUUGAAGAUGAUGAUUGAUGAGCCUAAUUCUUCCGAGUUCCUAGACGUCGGAUCCGGUUUGCUACACAUCUCCAACUAUGGCUCCAAAUCUCUCUUCUGCAACCCUUUCGGCGAUUCUAUGUCAUUCAGAUACCAAGAUUCCUUAGAUAUCAAGACUAGGGUUCUCUGCUCUUGCUCUGGCCUCCUCCUACUCUUCAUGGAUUGUCUCUGUGUCGUGAAUCCGCUCACUAAGAGGUAUCGAUUCCUUGAUCACUCUAAAUCAAUAUUUCUUGGUCGUGUUAACAAAAGGGGACAGUUAAGCUUUAACCUACCAUGUCAUAAAAUGAAUCGCAUUGGUUUUGCGGUUGAUCAAAUUGAUCGAACAACUCAGGGAUUCAAAGUUGUCUGCAUGAAAGAUACAAAGGCUUCUAAUCCAGACCAAACCAUGUAUCAAUUCGAGAUUACCACAGGAGAUUCUUGUUGGAGAUUGUCGGAAACAACUAUUACUUGCAGCGCAAGUGUUCACAUGGCUGAUAAGAAACCGGUUUACUUUGACGGAUCUCUUCACUGGUUGAGAAAGGACGGAAGCAUUUUAGCAUUCAAUCCAGAAACAGAGAAAGCACGGCUGAUUCCAAUCAAGUUUCCCCUAAAACUAAGCGCGGCGAACAAGUUCUUGUUCGCGGCCACAGAGAAGGAACUAGCAUUGAUAUCAGCGACGGAGGAAAUGAUUAACGUUUAUUCCCUCGAGAAUAUUCUCGUUGAUCCCAAGUGGGUCUUAGUGAAGCAAAUCCAGAACGGAGUGUUGGACAAAAAGACAAUGAGGUGCUGGAACGUUGCGGCAUACAACGGCAAGUGUUUAGUGUUGUGGCAAAUGAACAAGGUAGAUUGCGACGGAGAUGUUUAUGGGUACGACUUGAGAGUUAACAAGUGGGAAGUCAUAGGUUGGAUUCCAGAGUGGUGCGAUGGUUAUCAAGUCUUUUACCUCUUUAAACCGUCUUUCUCCUCUGCGAUAGAACUGAAUAAGAAGGUCGACAUUGAGACGAUGAAUAUGGGGCAUGGUGAUGAUGGUAAACAUAUCUCCACUCUUAGGAAAAUUAUGAGCCUGAUUGAUGAAAUCUCACCUUAUGCUAAGAGACUGUUCAAGAAAAAGGGAAAGCGACAUGGAAAAAGAUUGAUGACUGAAGAAGAAACGGAACUGAAGAUGACGGUGGAUGAGCCUAGUUCUUCCAAGUUCCUAGACGUGAAGCGUUUUAACAAAAAGAGAAGGUUCUUAGGCAUGUACAAAACCAACAAAAGAAAAAGAAGCGUCAGGUCUGCGGGUAGAGUUGGUGGUAGUAGAGGGCUUUGUGUUCUACGUCGUUACGGCUCAGUAUUCUCGGAACACCGGUGAAAGGCUUUCAAUCUCUAUGGGUUUCUAUGACUCUGUCUUUGAUAACAUGCAUCUUCUUCCUUGAUGUUUCAUCUAGGAGCAUCCUCAAUCGCUUAUCACUUCAUGUUUUUUUCUUCCAUGUUUUCUAUUCUUCUUUUUAGCCAUGAGACAAAUAAGUAAUUUUUUACUUC